AUGAGCUGGUUGAAUGUACAGAAAACGAUUUGCAGACCUCAUUCAUGGGAGAUACGGAACGGGUUGCAUUUGUCUGGAUUAUUUGGAACUUGGCGCGGCGAAAUGAUUAUUACUUAUUCCCCAAUAGAAAAAAAAAGGAUACUGUCGGCGCUGGGAAUCUGGAAAGAUAUUGACAGAUAUGAGGCAAUCCGGCCACGACAGAUGGCAACUCGACAGUUUCAUCUGCAGCUAUUGAGGGGGGACAGCCCAAGUCUCGCGAUACGGUCUGCCGUCGUCUUUGGUAUUGGGAUGAAAUGUUCGGUAUCGUUAUUUUAUAGAGGGCGCCGUUUUACGAAGUAA